GGAAACGUCAGGUAAUCGAGAAAUGUCAGUCAGUUUUCGUGAUUUCAUCUCUCUGUAAUAGUUAUUCACAAUUUUUCCAUUAGAAAAGUUGAAAUUUAGUGUAAUAAUGCAAGUAAUAUGAAAAGGAUCUUUAUUUUGCUCAUUAAAAAAGUCAGUGAUUAGUCAAAACACGAUGUCUUCUGAGUCGGCAGACACUGAGAAAGUGGAGGCCACGGGCGAGUGCAACGGCCCGGCCCCGGAACAAGCGAGGCGGUUACUCGAAGAAGAGUUUAAUGUCCAGCGAGCGAAAAUGAAAGAAUUGUUCUUACAAAAAGAAGAGGAUAUGAGGAAGAUGCUCCUGGACAAGGAGCAGCUGGAGUCGGAGGUGCUGGGCCUGCGGGCCGAGCUGCAGCAGCUACAGACCCUCAGCGAGAACCAGAAGUCUGAGAUACAGAGCUUGCAGAUGCUUGUUAGUGAAACAGUAGAGGCGUCGUCCUCAGGGACGGAAGAGGUUCGGAGGCUUCGUAUGAAAAAUCUGGAGUUAGAACAGAUGUUGAACCAGAUGAGGCAGCAACAACAGGAGCUGUCGCUGGCGCCGGCCACCUUCGUGCGCUCGCUGGCGCGCAAGCUGGGCGGGGACGCCGACGAACAGCCGCCGCCGAGGAAAAACUUGGAGGAUGAGCUGCUCCGGUCCAUCAUCCAGCCUCUGGAGAUGGAGAUCCAGGCGCUGAAGACCAAGCUCCGGGACACCGACACACAGCUGCAGGAGGCGCUGGCGAAAGCGAGAUCCUCAGCGGCCACAACUUCGAGCGGUGAUGGAAAACAAGAAUCUGAAGCCAGCAGACAAUGUGACAUGUGCGCCAACUACGAGAAGCAGUUAGUGCUGGAGCAGGCCAAAGCCGAGCAGGCACGAGAACGGGCAACUAUGAAGGAACUGGCGUUGAAACAGGCUACGGAGGAGUUGGAGGGCGUCCGCUCGAUCCACGACGAGACGGUCCGCGCGUGGCAGUCGGAGCGCGUGCAGAGCGCGGCGCAGCUGGAGGCGCUGGCGGCGGCCGUGGGCGAGGCGGGCCGCGCGCAGCGGGACCACGCCGCCGAGGCCCAGCGCGCCCAGCAGCGCGCGCUGCUCAGCGUCACCGAGCUCACCGUCGACAGGGAGACGCUGCAGAAGAAACUCGACUCUUUAGAAAGAGACAACGCGAUGUUGAUCGGUCAAUACAUUAAGAAAGCUGCGGAGAUGCAGAAUGAGAUUAUUAACCUGCCUGACAAUGUAGAGGAGCUGCAGGAGCUGACGCUGAAGCUGCGCGAGCAGCUGAUCCUGUGCGAGCUGGGCCGCGAGGAGGCGCGCGAGGCCGAGCGGGACCUGCGCGCGCAGCUGCUGGACCACGGCGCGCUGUUCCACCGCCAGGAGGACCAGCUCGCCACGCUGCAGCAGCAGCUGCGGGAGGCCAGAGACGAAGUCGACAGACUACAAACAGAACGCGAGCAGAUGAAAGAGCUCGGCGACAAGCUGAGACAGUCAAACGACAUGAUCGAGUCUCUUCUAGAAGACAAGAAGCGUCUCGCGGGAGAGGUGCACGAGGUCCGCAACCGCGUGUCCGUGCUGCAGCAGGAGCUCGACAACAGCGAGAAGGUGCAGCAGGACUUCGUGCGCCUGUCGCAGUCGCUGCAGGUGCAGCUGCAGCGUAUCCGCGAGGCCGACACGGAGGUCCGGUGGCAGCACGAGGACGACGUGCACGACUGUCCCGCCUGCCACACGCAUCUGCCCAACAUCAAGAAGAAGGUGCACUGCCGGCACUGCGGGCGCAUCUUCUGCGCGUCGUGCGUGUCGGCGUCGGUCCCGGCCGGGCCGCGCCGCCUGCCCGCGCGCGUGUGCUCCGUGUGCCGCACGCUGCUGCAGCCGCACGCCGCGCCCUACUUCAGCACCGACCCGCCGCGCUCGCCCGACUAGCGCGCACACACACACACACACACACGCGCAACACCCCCACUCACACACCACACGUGCAACACGGACGCAAUUCUCAGCAAUUGUCGAGAUAUGAGGUGUAAGGUUAGGUGCUAAACAAACGACAAACAAAACUAUUACUGCAGUUAGCAAGAGCUGUCGCAAUCACCUUAACUCAACAGAAAAACAAUAUGGCCAUUGUAAGAAAUUGCGUUCGUGAUGUGAAAUAGUUUAAUUAACUAUCUAUUGACUCGCUUAAAAACCCUUCUCGACAAACCAAUAAAUGUUCUGAUACUAUUAAACUUAACCAUUCCAAAGAAACUUUAUUAAUGAAGCACUCUGUAUUAACGUGGCACCAUUUUAUUUCAAGACAUGUUUUUUUGUAACUUAUUUCUCUUAACAUGAAUCACAUCUCUAAAAUUAUGCAUAUUAUAUGAAAUUUAUGUAUUGAUUAUAACGGUCUCCCAUACAUUAACAAUAAUAUUUCUGUUCCACCAAGAGAUAAAAUCUCAGAUCAUUAGAGCUUAACUAUCCAUCCACACACUUUCAUGUCACAGCUACUUUGCACUUUAUACUUAAUACUAGUAAAUGUAUUAGUGUUCACUUGAAUGAUGAUCGUCUCAAAUAAAGUGUGAAUCCUGUAAUACUAGUAGAACAAUUGUAACUAGUGUAGUAGUUAUCUGGCCACGUCUUGUAGCAAAGAGACUAAUUUUGCUAGUUUCUUAUUUCUUCUUGAUGACAAUUUUGCUUGAAACCUGUCCAAAUUCAUUUCUAGGCUGUAUCAAAAGUUUGUUUUCAUUGUGCAACUGGUUAAUGAUUUUUCCAAAAUAACUAGACAUUGACAAAAUAUUGAACAAAAUAAAGCCCAAAAUUAGAACUUUGGUUUGACAAAGGGUUUCUUUGUUCUUUAGCAAAAUUUUAAAGCAAAUAUGUAGUUUUAAAAUUCAUGGGCAGGUCCAUAGCAUGAGGCUCUUGUGUAGAAACAACUAAUGUUAGUUAAGCUAAACUUACAAGAUUCCCGCAAUAGAAAUACGGUUAUUAUUCUUACUUCAAUGAACUAAUUAAAAUAUAAUGUAUAUAAGAGGUAGCGAAAGAUAGAUUCAGAAAACUAAAUGUUAAAGGAUUUGGUAUGAAGGCUCAAGAGAAUCUAUAGAAUGAUAGAAAGGGAGCAAAGCUCAUGGAAGAAUCGACACUUGUUAUUAUAACAAUUAUGUUUUGGCUUGAUAGCCAAUACUGUGUAACUACUUAAAUACUUCUAGUACAUAAUAUUUAUAUAAUUAAAUAUGUUGGAAUGUACGGUGGACCCCAUAAGUGAUAACAACAAAAAAGGACCUUAAUGCAUUCAUUUAAAGUUUGUUCUAGGUUAGUUGUCAUACUUGUUGGGUCGACUAUUCGGUGAAAAAUAAAACGUGCGUACUUUGUCUGUAAAAAAUGUGUACAUUAUGGUAAUUAAGUUCUUUACUAAAUGUAAUUCAGAGUAAAAAAAAUAUAUUCCCAAAUCAAAAUAAAGUUUAUUUUUAAAUUAAUUAAUUAACCAAAUUACAUGAAAUAAUAAUUAUUUUCUUAAAAAAACUAUUUUUAUUUCGACAGUCAACCGUGAUUUAGGUCUUUUUGAAAUGAGAUUGGAUUCUUGUUCAAUUUUUGCAAAAUUAUAUGUAAUAAAAAUAUUACGUGGAAAAAUAAUGUUUACAGAAGCGCGUAAUUUUAUUACGAUCCGGAAAAAAAACACGGAAACUAACGCCGGAAUGAGUCGGUACGUAAUGUGAGUGCUUCCGGAAAUUAAAUGGAGUCAGCAUUGAGGCUGAGUUGUUAGGGGGUAUUCAAACGUGCCGCGAAGUAUCGCGAGGCAGCAGCGCUUCACCCGCGCUUUAUAGCGACGUCUGAAUGCGCCCUUAUUGUGUUGGAUACUGAUGGCGACGGGCAAGUCAAGUGAUAAUUAAAACGCGUGCUAUUUAGCACAUAUAAGUAAAUUAUGACAUCUAGCGAUAGUUUAGACUAAGAGUUGUAAUAUAAAGAUUAUUUUAUUGUAAAUAAAAGAGCUCCGUAUUA